AUGGUGUUUGAGGCUAAUUUGGUUGGAAAUCCCAAGGAAUGGUGGGUUGACACAGGAGUAACUCAUCACAUUUGCGCGGACAAGAAGAUGUUCACUACUUAUAAUGAGGCUACAAAUGGUGAGCAACUAUUCAUGAGAAAUUCAUCUACUUCUGUUGUGGCUAGACAAGGGAAAGUAAUCUUGAAGAUGACAUCGGGGAAGGAACUAACCCUCAACAACGUGCUGCAUGUACCAAACAUUCGAAAGAAUUUAGUUUAUGGUUCUUUGUUAAGUAAGAAUGGUUUGGAGCUUGUAUUUAAGUCUGAUAAAUUUGUAUUAACAAAGAGUGGAUCAUUUGGUUUGGUUUGUGGGUUGGCUUUGUUUGUGUUUGUCUUGUGGAUGAAAAGGAAAAGGACAGAUGAGGAGGUUGCGUUGGAUAAUGACUUCGAGGCAGCUAUUGGGCCAAAGAAGUUUUCAUAUGAUACUUGGAGAGAGGGAGGAUCUGGUAAGGUUUAUAGAGGUAUCUUAAAGGAAUCCAACUCCAACGUUGCUGUGAAGAAGAUAUCAAGGAAAUCAACACGGGGAAUGAAGGAGUAUGUGUCUGAAGUGAAGAUCAUUAGUCGGUUGAGGCACAAAAAUUUGGUGGAACUAUUUGGUUGGUGUCACGAGAAAAGAGAAUUCCUACUUGUUUAUGACUUCAUGGAAAAUGGAAGCUUAGAUGGGCAUCUCUUCAAUAGAAAAAGCUUGUUGACAUGGGCAAUGAGGUACAGAAUUGCUCAAGGCUUGGCCUCGGCAUUGUUUUACCUACACGAAGAAUGUGAACAAUAUGUGUUGCACAGGGAUAUAAAAUCAAGUAAUGUCAUGCUAGAUUCAAAUUUCAAUGCCAAACUUGGGGAUUUUGGAUUAGCUAGGCUUGUCGACCAUGACAAAGCUUUUCACACAACACGUUGUGCAGGAACUUGGGGUUACAUAGCACUUGAAUACCGAGUUACACACAAAGCUAGUAAAGAAUCAGAUGUUUAUAGUUUUGAAGUUGUGGUAUUGAAGAUAGCUUGUGGAAGAAAACCUGUCGACUUGAACGUCCCAGAAAGUCAAAUGACAUUAGUGGAGUGGGUUUGGGAUCUCUAUGUUACUAGUAGGCUUCUCGAAGCAGUAGAUCCGAAGAUAUGUGCAGAUUUUGUUUGA